AUGGCUAUCAUUAAGAAAAGACGUACGCAACAGUCGAGAAGACAACAGCAACAGUUACAAGAGGCUAAGCAGAAGUUUUUGAAUCAGAGGUUGAACUCUGAACCUUCCGUCAAUGUCAAGCAUGAUUUCAGUGACACUAUCUCAUAUAGGGACUACCUGUUAAGUAAUUUUAAGAGUUCUUCAUCGUUACUGCAUAUUUUAUUGUCAUACAGAAAUAAAAAUAUACUGCCAGUCGAUUUGAAUUUCGAUAAGAGUUUGAUUAAUGACAGUAACUUGGCCUUGGUCAAGAAAGAAGUAGAAAGUCUAGCAAAGCAACUAGAGAAAUUUGAGAAAAAAAACGAACUUCUCGAGAAAGAUAACCAUACUGAUUCCAUGGAUGUGGCUAAAGACGUUACGCAACAAGAUUCCCCGGAGAAGGAAAUUGAAUUAUCAUCAAAAGAAGGGAAUGAUGCGGAGGCAACUUCUACAAAUAUCGAGAGUCCGAAAAUAGAAGCUAAUGAAGAGAAAGAGAUGAGACAGAGUUCCUCAGCUGCUGCAGAUGCAUCCACUAGAGAAAGGGGAAAUGAAUCAGUAUCAUUGGACGAAACUAGCCAAACAGUAAAUACAGACGAGAUGGAUGUAGACAAAGUGGCCACAGAGACAAAUAUAGAGACUCAUACAGCUCAGAGUAUUACGGAGACGGGCAUAGCAAAGGAUACAACACCAAGUGAAAAUAAUACGGAGAGCCCUUCAGAAAGUGUACAAAAAGUGGACAUUGGCAAAAGUCCAGGACCUUCGAAUGAUGGAAACAAUCAAUCAGAAGUUCCAAAUACAGAACACAUGAUUUCCGGAUCCGAAAAUAAUAAUGCAUCAAAAGAUUUAUCAGAAGUAACUAAAGAAAACAGUGAAAAUACAGACUCUACGCAAAGUAAUGACCCAGAAGAUUAUCACUUAGAUAAUAAAGAAAUAGUUGACAACUCUUACGAGGAAAAAAAGGAAGUGAAGACUAAUAUCAUAGAUGAAUCGAAAGAUACCCAAUCAAGUAACUCAAGGGUCACUGGAACCUCAGUUGAUAAUAUUGAGACGUUCGUAGUAGAUAGCAUUAAACAACUGAACAAAAUCAAAAUAUAUAACACUAGGAAUGAGUAUGAUGAAAACAACAAACUUAUAGAUAAUAUAUUGGAGUCUUACGCUAAUUUCAAAAAUACAAACUAUCAAAUUAACAGAGUGAAGUUUUACACAAAAGAUGAAUGCAGCUCAUUAAAAUCUUCCGAUAUCGCAGAGGCUCCAUCUGAUUAUUGGGAUAAUUUAUAUAAAAGAAAGAAGGAUGAACAAAUACAAAAGAACUUGGAAAUCGAGAAACAGAAACAAUUAGAAUUGCAAUUGAAACGUGAAGAAGAAGUAAGACGGAAGAGGGAACAAGAAUCGCAAUCUUUAAUGAAUUCUCAACAAUUCCCAAGACAAGAAGGCCCACUAGUUACACCUCCUAUUGGUAGACUUGUACCUGAUAAAAUGCAUUCGCCUCAAAUAGUCGGAAAUAUUAGCUCUAUAGGACCAUCACUGCAGAACUAUACACAAUCGCAUGUACCUUUACAGCUACCAAUCCAAUCUCAAGGUCAAGGCGAAAUACAAAGUACUCAACAAUUAUCUGAGGUACAGUCUAUACCACAAGAUGUUUCUGUAACUAACCCUGGUGCUCUUGGUGUUUUAGAUGCUGCUAAAAAGAGUGAAUUACAAAAUAUAGAACAAGUAGGUGAACUUGAUGUUACAAAUAAUCAACAGUCGCAGCAAAAUGACAACAUCGACGGUACGUUUGAUGGUUUUGAUAGUGAACCGUUCAAUACUGGUUUUGAUGAUGAUUUCGCAGAUUUAGAUCAGGCAUUUUUUUAA